CUGAACCAAUGAGGAACGCCACCUCGAUGGCGCUCCGGGCGCUGCUACUUGUCGCUCUGCUUGCCGACGGCGCACCGGACCAAUCCCCAGGGCGCGGCGUGCGGAGACAGCCCACGCUGCUCGCGGUCGACGGGCGCGCUCUCGCGGAGAUGGGCGCACUCCGACUAUCGGGCAGCGCGGCCGCCGCAAAUGUCGGAGCCGUUUCGGCAACCGUGCGCUCCUGGUGGACGAAGGGCGGUGUUAUGGAUACGGCGGGUGGUGCCCUCCUCGCUCUCAAGGCGUACACGCUGUGGUUCUUCUUCGGCCUCCUCGGCCUCCACCACGUGUACCUCGGCCGGCCGCGCGCGGCGCUCCGCGCCUGCCUCACCCUCAACUACCUUGGCCUGGGCUGGCUCUACGACGGCAUCUCGCUGCCUCUCCGCGCGCAAGCGCUGCGCCUCUCGCUCGCGCCGGGGGCCGCAGGCGAGGGCGGCGUCGAGGAGGAGGGCGAUGCGGCCGCGGUGCUUCCGGUGCUCGCGACGGUGUCCGUGGACGCGCUGUCGCGGCUGAUGCCGCGCCGCUGGUUCGAGGCCGACCUCCCCCCCUCGCUGUCGCGUCGCCGGCGCGCGAGUCCUGCCGGGAAGAGCGCCGCCGGCGGCCACCGGCUGCGGGCACUUGCGGUCUGGGGAUCGGUGUGCGCGCUCGCGCUCCACGCGGCGCCCGUGUCGGAGUUGGGCCUCUCCUCGCGACCGGCGAGCUGGUACUCGGCCAAGGAGGUCAAGGCCGCGUACCGGCAGCUCUCGCUGCAGCUGCACCCCGACAAGAUUCGCGGCGCUUCCCCUGAGGCGAGGCGAGAGGCGGAGAACCGCUUCAUGAGGGGAGUCCCCCAGAGCGAGGUCGCGAUCAACGCCGCCAAGCGCUAG